AACAUAUAUAAGAGAAUGGGAAACCAAAAAAAUUCAGUUCAAAUUGUUGUGCGCAUCGGUUGGGAUCACUUUGGAUUAAGCAUCGUAACUUUCGUUAGUUUCAGUUAUUGCAAAAAUGUCAAACGAUCAAGUAUUGGAUGCAUUGAUUGUUGGUGCUGGAUUUUCGGGUAUUCAUAUUUUGUCUAAGCUUCGAGGAUUAGGUUUCAAUGUGAAAAUCUACGAAAGUGGUCGAGAUCUUGGUGGCACCUGGUUUUGGAAUAGGUAUCCGGGUGCUCGGGUUGAUAGUGAAACGCCAAUUUAUCAGUUGUCUGAAGAGAAAGACAUCUGGAGUGAUUUCGAAUGGAGAGAACGAUUUCCUGGCCGAGAGGAACUAAUGCGCUACUUUCAUCAUGCUGAUAAGAAGCUCAAUCUCAGCAAGGACAUUUACUACAACACUACAGUUACUGAUGCAGAAUUCGAUCAGUCUAAAAAGCUGUGGCAUGUGACAACAUCUAACAAAGAUGUGUCAACAUGGGCCAAUCAUUUGAUUCUUUGUACUGGAUUCGCUUCCAAACGUUAUACACCACCAUUCAAUGGCGUUGACAAGUUUAAAGGUCAAUGGUAUCACUCUGGUGUUUGGCCCGAAGAGGGAGUGGAUUUGAAGGGAAAACGAGUGGCGAUUAUUGGCACCGGAGCUAGUGGUGUUCAGAUAAUUCAAGAAAUCGGACCGAAUGUCGAACAUUUAACUGUAUAUCAACGAACACCGAAUCUGGCUAUACCGAUGCGGCAAUGUUUUCUUGGUGACGAUGAAAAAUCGCUGUGGAAAUUCCCUAAGAAGGAACGAUAUGAAGAGAUAUUCCAAAAUUUGAAGAAAACCUUUGGUGCUCUAGUCAUCGAUAUGGAUUUCACUGAUAAAAAAUUUGUUGAUUCUACGCCAGAAGAGAGACAAAGUCUCUACAAAUAUCUCUGGGACUACGGUGGAUUCUCAUAUUGGCUUUCGACGUACAAAGAGAUUUUUUUCUUGCAAGAAGCUAAUGAUGAAGUCUACAAUUUCUGGUGUGAGCAAACCCGAGCAAGAUUAACGGAUCCAAAAAAACGUGACCUACUUGCUCCGUUAAAACCACCCCACGCAUGGGGAACGAAAAGACCUUGCUUAGAGACCUCAUUCUACGAAGUGUUCAACCAAACGAACGUAGAUCUUAUUAAUGUUCGUGAAUCUCCGAUACUGUCGAUAACUGAGAAUGGAGUUAUGACUGAGAAAGAGGGAGUGAUCGAUGUUGAUGUCAUCGUUUUUGCCACAGGAUUCGACAGUGUGACUGGUGGUAUUCUGAACAUUAAUAUAAAGAACGGAAGAGGACUAUCGAUUCAGGAUAAAUGGAAAAGUGGCACCAAAACAUAUCUUGGUCUAUCAACUGCUGAAUUUCCGAAUCUGUACUGGUUUUACGGCCCACAAGCCCCGACAGCUUUUUCGAACGGGCCAACAACCGGCACAGUACAGGGAAAUUUCGUCGUGGAUCUAAUGGUGAAGAUGAGAAACGAAAAGAAGCGCAGUGUUGAGGCAGUCCAAGCAGCCGAAGAUAAAUGGGUAAAGGAUCUUCACGAAGUUUGGUACAGCAGUCUAUUUCCUGCAACGGACUCAUGGUAUCAAGGAGCGAACAUUCCGGGAAAAUUACGUGAGCCGCUUAACUACUUUGGCGGAAUACCAGAAUAUGUCGAAAAUCUGGACAAGUGUGCCAAUAACAAUUACGAUGGCUUUGUAAUUGAAUGAAAGCUGGAAGUUACGAUUUGGUUGUUAAAGGGUUACGGGUUAUCAUUGUUAAUCAAUUCAAUCUAUAUGAAUAAAAUGUCAUCUUAAGUUA